GUUAGCCCCGACCUUACAGGCCUCAAGCGAUGCCACUUAAGAGCAGCGACCCGCACAAUGCAGCCUUGCAAUCGGUCGUCACGUUCCUGGACUCGCACCUGUGGGCUUCGCUGAACAACCAUUUAGGGCUGGAGUCGCCUUCGCACAGCAUCGCCUACUGCAGGAGGAAAGUUUGCUGGCGCUGCGGCUGCGGCGGCGCGCACGUGCUGUUCACCUCCCGCCAUCGCCUGCUGGACCGCUACAAGGCCGGGCCCGCCACAGCGCUGUGGACCGGCCGCUGUGGCGCGGCAGGCGGCGGAGGACCGGGGCCAGGGCCAGGGGAUGGGCGCGCCGGACAGGCGGCGCAGCAGAGGCGGACAAGGGCGCGGGCUGCAAACGCAGAGGUCCCAGUGCUGCCGGCACCGCGGCCGCCAACAUCUCUGGAACGCGCGCUGACGGCGGGGCUGGACGCCGACUGCGAGGCCGCACUGGCAGCGGCGGCGGCGGCGCUGCAGGCGCAGCGCAGCAGGCUGCUGUCCGAGCUGGGGGAGCGGGCGGCGGCGCAGGAACAAGCGGGCACGACUGGAAACACGGCGGCAGCACCGGCAGCUGGCGAGCAGGUGAUGAAUGCUGCCGGCGGCAUUGGGGCCGGGGCCAAGCGGCGCGCCGCGCAACAGCAGCUGCAUGCCGAGUUGGGAGUAGCUGUGAAGAAGCGGCACACGAGUGCGGCGCUGUCGCUCUCGCCACCUGCCCGGGGCGCCGCUGCUAUGGGGGGCCAGCGAACGGCACCGCCGGCAGCGUCGCCGCGCACGCCCCCGCCGCCCCCGCCCCGGCCGCGGCAUCGGGCAUAUCACGGCGCGUACGGCGACGCGGACGACGACGACGAGGAGGAGGCAGAAGAGGCGCAGGCGCAGGUCGCCGGCAGUAGGGCAGCAGGAGUGGAGGGUUCGGAGCAGCGAGGGGCGCGGCAAACGGAGGGGGAAGCUGAGCAAGUAGGGGGCAGGGGACAGGGCAGGGGGCCAGCCGCAUCUGCUGGCGGCGGCGACCGGCGUGUGGCCGCAGCGCUGUGUGGCCUGCGGCGGGUGGAGGCGGCGGCCAGGGGGCUGGGCAGGUGGGGCUGGGGGUGGGGGCGCCCGCACAGCGCUGGAGAGGCAGCAGGCGGCGGCAGCGGCAGCGGCAGUGACACCGGCAGUGACACCAGCAGUGACACCAGCAGCGGCAGCGGCUGUGCAGGCGGUGAGGCGGAAGGGGAGCCGGCACGGACUCAGGGGCAGUCGGGGGAGGAGCCGGAAGAGCAGCAGCAGGACCCAGAGCUGGACCCGGAGCAGGACCCGGAGCAGGAGCCGGAGCCGGAGCCGCAAGCGGCGGACACCGACGGGCCGCUACCGCGCUGGGUGGCUGAGGCUCGCAGCCUGCCGGGCCGGCGGCGCUGGGCGGCCCCCGACGUGAGCCUGUUCAGGCCGCUGGGCGGCGCCACCGACCCCGCCUCGCGCUUUGGCGCGGUCAUGCAGGCCGACGGCCAGCAGCACCUGUUCGGCUCCAUGUACGGCUGCGGCGCGGAGGCGCAGCGGGCCGCAGACGCCGCCAACGACCUUGACGCCUGGCGCUCGGGCCUGGCUGUGCUGCGCCUGGCCGCCGACGACGCCGCCGCGCUGCCGCCGGUGCGCGCGGCCUUCCUGCGGGUGGCGGCGGCAAACCCGGGCGUGCCGCUCAUCAUGUACAGCCAGUCCUACCUGCGGCGCAUGGACUGGGACUGGGCGCUGCACGUGCUGGCGGCCGGCGCCAUCUACCUGCCCGGACACUGCAGGGCCGCACUGGGGCUGCCGCGCUCCGUGCCGGCCGCGACCAGCCAGCUGCCAGCGGACACCAGGGGCCGGGCCGCUAGGGGCGGCGCCGGCAGCCGCAGCGGAGGAGGCAAGGCACAAGGCACACGCACACGCGGCGGCAGCGGCAGUGGUGGUGGUGGUGGUGGUGGUGGUGGUGGCAGUGGCGGCGCUAUGCCGUGCGGUGUUUUCGUACUGGCGCCGCUGCAGCCCGUCCUGCUGCUGCCGCCGCCGCUGGAGGCCGGGCGGGCCACGCGCCUCGUGCAGCCCGCGCCCCAGGCCCCGAUGUCACUGCAGUCCUACGUGACCAGCUGCCCGCGCCGCCACGCCGCGGCGCUGGCCCGGCGCCUGGAGCGGCUGACGGCGGAGGCGGAGCAGCGGCAGCAGGAGGAGCGGCAGGCGGGGCAGCAGGCAGCGGCGCGGAAGCGGCUGGCGGCGGCGUGUGCGCGCGCGAGGAGGCAGCAGCAGCAGCAGCCUCAGGCGGGGGGACGGGAGGAAGAGCAGGUGGGGGGACGGCGGAGAGCUGCCGAGGUGCGGCGCCAGGGGUUGAGGCGGCACGGCCAGGGGCCUCAGCAUCGGUCGUCGCGAGGCCGCCGCCCUGCACGUGUCGGCUAUGAUAGCAGCUGCACGAGCACCAGCAGUGACUCCCAGGUUGCGGCUGUGUCUACUGACAUGGACAGUGGCAUUGAUAGUGGUGGUUCCGACGGCCCGGUGUGAGCUGCACACGCACUGGACCCGUCGAUGGAUGGCGGCCGUAGGUGGCCGCUCCGUGCGGGCGGGGCGUGGCGCCUGGAAUUUUGUACCAAUUCCGGAUGAUGCGGGGCCCAGGGCCUCGCUAACCCCGAGACCAGGAGAACAGGCGGCGUUGCAUGUAACAGAGGACCAGGGGAGGAAGGGAGUGAGCCUUUGGUGCCUAGACUGCCUCGGGAGGAAAGGAGGGACCUUGGGAGGGACCGGAGCAAACUCCGGAGGGAGUGAGCUAGGCCUGGCUAGGCAAACCGCUUUGGCCAAGCCAAGGCGCGGUGUGUGCUUAUAUUGCGAAAUAAGCAUGGGCUUAUGAUUACCUUGCCUUUGGUGUUUGACUGUAGAGCCGACUCACGGUUCGCAAGGGAGGCGGUUCGGUCACUGGGCGGCAAAACUGAUCGACUUUUCUUGAUGCGGUGGCGCCUCGCACCGACGAUGAUUUGAAUAUCAAC